AUGACCCCGUUUGGAGUUUCCAAACCCAAUGGUGCGGAAGCUAAAAAGGAAGCCCCUGCCCCUCCCAAAACCGAAACCAAAGCAAAGGCUUUGAAGGCCAAGAAAGUGGUGCUGAAAGGCGUUCAAAGUCACAAAAAAAAGAUCUGUGUGUCAACUACAUUCCGACAACCCAAGACACUGCGUCUGCAAUGGCAGCCCAAAUAUCCUCGAAAGAGCGCCCCCAGGAGAAACAAGGUUGAUCACCAUGCCAGCAUCAAGCUCCCCCUGACUACUGAGUCAGCCAUGAAGAAAAUAGAAGACAACAACACACUUGUGUUCAUUGUGGAUGUCAUGGCCAAUAAGCACCAGAUCAAACAGGCUGUGAAGAAGCUCUACAACACUGACGUGGCAAAGGUCUACACCUUAAUCAGGCCUGAUGGAGAGAAGAAGGCAUAUGUUCGACUGGCUCCUGACUAUGAUGCUUUGGACGUUGCCAACAAAAUUGGAAUCAUCUAAACUGAGUCCAGCUGGCUAAAUCUAAAUAUA